UGACUUCAAGCCACAAAGAUCUCCUUCACCGCUAAAGGAGCUGUUCGCUUAAAGUCAAGACAUCUUUGACCUGACAUCUUCAGCGUGCCCUCCCAGAACAAGCCAUCGUUGCCCUUAAUUGUUCAGUCCCCAAGCACAAUUGCCUACCCGUCACCAUGCAGGUUCCAUUGAUUCGUCUCCAAUGCGGCUGCAACAGCUACGACUGGGGUAAGAAAGGAAAAGACUCUGCCGCCGCCCGCUACGCAGCGGCAACUCCAUCCGAUACCUUCUCGAUUCAAGAAGACAAGCCAUACGCAGAGCUAUGGAUGGGUACCCACCCAUCGCUGCCGUCCAAGGAUCUCACCACAGGCCGGUCGUUGGUCGACCUCGUGGCAGAUAACCAAGCCCUCAUGGGCAGCGACAUCUCUUCCAAAUACCACAACAAACUCCCCUUCCUCUUCAAGGUGCUCUCCAUCAACAAAGCACUCUCCAUCCAGGCCCACCCAAACAAGAAGCUCGCCGAGCAGCUCCACGCAAAAGACCCCAAGAACUACCCAGACGACAACCACAAGCCCGAAAUGACCCUCGCCAUCACCCCAUUCGAAGGCCUCUGCGGCUUCCGCCCGCUCAAGGAGAUCGCACACUUCCUGUCCACCAUCCCACCCUUACGCUCCCUCGUUGGCGAUGAAGCUGCUUCAUCUCUUGAGAAAGUCUCCUCAUCCUCCUCGGCAUCCGUAGACGAGUCCAAACAAGCCUUGAAAACCGCCUUCAGCACGCUCAUGAAGUCCGACCGGUCUCUUGUCGCGGAAAAAUCCAAUGACCUCCUCUCGCUUGCCGAGUCCGGCAACAUCACUCCAGGCCCCAGCGUCAACACGUCCGACGAACUCUGCGAACUCGUGACCCGCUGCAAUUCCCAAUUCCCACAGGACAUCGGCCUCUUCGUGCUUUUCUUCCUCAACUACGUCAAGCUCAGCCCGGGCCAGGCCAUGUAUCUCAAGGCCGACGACAUCCACGCAUACAUUGCCGGCGACAUCAUUGAGUGCAUGGCGUCCAGCGACAACGUCAUCCGCGCAGGCUUCACGCCCAAGUUCCAGGACGUCAACACGCUGACCGACAUUCUCACGUACGACCACGACCCUCCCGAGCAGCAACUACUCAAGCCCGUGGAUUAUCCCUACGUCACGCUCAACCAGACCGCGUACUCUUCCGGCAGUGACAGUCUGCUGUACGAUCCGCCCAUCGAGGAAUUCAGUGUCGUCCGGACCGUACUGAAGAAAGACGGAGCGAAAGCCACGUUCGAGGGUAUCGCCGGCCCCAGUAUCAUCAUCUGCACUAGCGGAUCAGGGAAUAUCAGUGUGGGGCCGAAGACCGAGGAGAUCAAGGAGGGAUGGGUCUAUUUUGUGGGUGCGACCGCGGAGGUUGUGCUUGAGAGUGACAGCGAGGACAUGGUCACGUUCCGCGCGUUUUGCGAGAUCGACGACAGUCCCAAGCAGAAUGGGCAUUGACUACACCAGGCCCAUCAAAUGGGGAGACUAUGAUGUGAGUACAGGCAGAUCACGGGGCAGAAUGUUCGUAUGGGUGAUGAAAAAGGUAGAAAGGAAAACGGAUAUCACGAGAAUGUCGUAGCAUAGAUUGCAACGACCAUAGGAAAUGAUAUUAAAUCAAUCGGGGCACGCCGCAUACGCGGAAACGCUACGACAAGAUACCUCCCUAAUGCAAAGGAUUGAGAC